UAUCUCCCAUUUUUUGUUGGUUAACAGUUAAUGCUAUGGCUCGGGCUCGGGCUCCCCUACCCACCGAGCAAAAUGGUGACACGCCUACCGUAGGAGACUCUCAAAGAUCUAUUCCGACACCAUUUUUGACCAAAACCUAUCAUUUAGUUGAUGAUCAUUCCAUUGAUGAUGUUAUUUCUUGGAACGACGACGGAUCUUCCUUCGUCGUUUGGAACCCUACCGUUUUUGCUAGAGAUUUGCUUCCUAAGUGCUUUAAACAUAACAAUUUUUCUAGUUUCGUUCGUCAACUUAACACCUACGGAUUCAAAAAAGUUGUACCUGAUCGGUGGGAGUUCACGAACGAAUGCUUUCGCAGAGGCGAGAAACAGCUUUUACGUGAAAUUCAGCGACGAAAGAUUUCGACAGCAACGACAACACAGUCACCAGUUAAAGCAGCGGCGGUUCAGGUGGUGAAAACGAUGGUAUCGCCGUCGAAUUCGGCGGAAGAACAAGCCACUUCGUCCAACUCAUCACAAGCGCGAACCGUUCAGACGUGUGGACAAGCCUAUGCUGAAAUAAUCGAAGAAAAUGAGAAAUUGAAGAAGGAAAAUGUACAGUUAAAUAAACAGCUGACAGAGAUGAAGAGUCUCUGCAAUAAUAUAUUUACUAUGAUGUCGAGUUACGCCAGUGCUCAAUCGGAUAGCGGUUUUCAGGCGAUGGAUUUGUUACCGACGAAGCGGUUUUCCGGCGAGGAGGUGAGUCCGAGGUUGUUCGGUGUGCCGAUCGGUGUAAAACGCUCGAGGGAAAGGGAAGGUGAAGUUGCGGGAACGGAGGAGGAUGAGACGCUGUUGAAGUUGCAGCUGCCAGGGGGUCAGGUGGUGAAAUCUGAGCCCUUGGAUUGUCAGAGAAGUGGUGAUGAUCACCGUAAUCAUCAAGACACGCCGUGGCUUAGGCAGAGUCACCGACCUAAUCAGAGGGUCUGUAACUGAUAAUCUUUAGGUUUCACUAGACGCUGAUCCGUUGAUCAGUGAAUCAUUGGAUUCAGAUAACGGCGUUAACUUAUGCCUGUAAUCUGUAGAGGAACAGACUCGUGGGUGCUGUGUCACGUGAUUUGUGGAAUAGCUACCAUUUUUUUUUUUUCUUUUUUUUUAAUAUUUGGUUUUUAUUUAGGCAAGGAACUUUAGCGGGGGAAAAAAAAAAGAAUAUGGAAAUCUUAAGUUGAUUCACGUGUUCUAAUGAAGGAUAUUAAAAUCGUCUUUCAUUUGUGUAUUUUUAUUUUUCUUUUUCAAAAUAUAAUUAAAUUAUUUAUCCAAAUAUGACGUGACAUUAAAGGAAAGUUGGGAGUUGAUAUUUUGAUGGAAUUCAAUUCUCGAAGAAAAGGGAAAAAAGUAGUUGGGUGAAAUGCAUGAAGGUUUGUCAAAGUUCAUGAACCAACUUGGACCUUUCCUUUCAUAUGUUAAUGUUCAAGUGGAUAAAUUAUGUCAUUUUAAAUGUGUGAAAUUAGGUAUAAACUUUGCAAACUCAAUGAUUGUAUAGAGUGUUGAUUUUGGGUUUUUGUAAAAGGAAGAGUGUCGAACUUUCCGCCGUUUUAGAAUUUUCUAAAUACAAAGCAAUGGGGGAUUAGUCUAUUCUUUGGCCAUUAUCAUGUUUAGCAUUACCUGGCGGUCUUGUUUCAUCGUUUUUCAUGGAUUUCUCAUGCUAAAGUCUUUUCUUUCCUCUUACAAAAGAGCAUAUAAUAAUGCAUGUAAGUUAAAGUUUAGCUAUAAAGUAAGGAUAGACAUGAUGUAUUGCAGGUUUCAAGUUGCGUUUGCUUGGUUAAAACGUGUUAAAGGUCAAGAUUUGCGGCUGGAAUCUGGACAGGAUGAUAUUUUUAAAAGAGAGAUUUUUUAUUUGCGCUACUAAAAUAAUGGCACUUUUUUUUCCU